GUUUGGGUGGAGCAGCUGCUGGUGAGACGAGGAGGUGUGAGAAUUGAUGGAUUUGGUGCCGGAAAACACGUGCUAGAGGAGUGAAAAAACUGGUUUUGGGUGUUUCGGUGGAAAACAGCUGUUUGUAGAAGGUGGUGAAGCUAAGAACGAUGGAUGGGUCAGUGCCUAUACUGGAAGCAGAUGAGUACAAUUAUGAUGAUGAGUAUGAUGAGAACGAAGGCACAGGUGACGUGACGCAGAACGAGAAUCUGGACGAUGACAAUGACAACGAUAAUGACAACGACAACGACAAUGAUAACGAUGAUAUUAAUGACGAAGAGCCAGACAUAGAUGGGGAUGAUUCAGACAAUCAGGAUGAUGAUGAUCAGGACGAUGAUGACCAGGACGACGAUCAAGACGAAGAAAUGCUAGAUGUCAAUGUGGAUGAUUCCACUGACAAAACCAAGAAAACAGGUCCAACCAAUAGAGAAACUAUCAGCGGAAAUGAUGAUAAAACCAAUGGUGACGAUAAUGGCAAUAGUGAUAAUGUUAGCAACAUCAAUAAUAGUGGUUCCAAUAUAAUACCUGCAAAUAAGAACAACGAAAGAGGAGCUGGAAAGGAAAACGGAAUUGUGAUAAAGGAUAAAAACAAUGAAGGCGAUAGUACCGUUAAAGUUGAUUUAGUAGCAACCCGAAAAAUUACUAGAAAAGAAUUAAUGUCAAAAGCUAGAAAUGCAAAGACAUUUGAGAUAUUGCCAACGGUUGCGAUACCAUAUGCAUCACAGGUUCAUUGUAUGGCAUUAACUAGAGGGCCUAGGUUUUUGUUUACAGGGGGAGAAGACGGAUUUAUAAGGAAGUAUGAUUUUAUGGCAUCAAUUGAGGGAAAAUCUAUUCUUACAGGUGCGCAGAAACAUUCAAUGGUUGAUUCCAUAACAAAAGCCGGUGUUAUUGUUAGUUAUUGGGAAAAUGAGCAGCCGAUUAGAAAAUCAGAUUUAAAGGGUCAUAAGACAUCAUCAUUAUCAUCAUCAUCAUCACAUAAUUCAACAAGUAAGAGUACUGAGCUUUAUGAACCAAAAUUAUCGCCCGUUUACUCGUUAGCAGUGCAAAGAGAAUCAUUAUGGUUAUUAUCUGGAUUGAAAUCGGGUGGAAUUGCAUUGCAUUCAAUUAGACAUAAAGAAGGAUUAAUUCAUGGAUAUUUGGAUGGGCAUAAGGAUACUGUAUCAAGAUUGGAAUUAAAUAACUAUGAUGAUAAAGUGUUAUCAGGUUCAUGGGAUAGAAAUAUAUUGGAAUGGGAUUUAAAUUCAGGAAAAGUUAUAAAUGAGUUUAUUGGCUCAACUGGACAGAUUUCUAAUAUCCAAUGGAGACCGGAUAAUUCUAUUGAGAUUGAUUUGAAAAAUAGUUAUGAAGACUAUUAUAAUAAUGAUUCCUCAUCACUGGUUAAAGAGGAAGAUGAUGAUUUAGACUCAUUAUUUGGAGAUUCUGAUGAUGGACUGGAUGAUAGUGAAAGAGAAACUAGAAAAAGGGACAAAGAAAACAAUAAAGAAAAAGAAAGUGAGACUGAAAAUGGAAAUGGGAAUGCGAAUUUAAAGAACAGCGGUGAUAAUGAUGAUUAUGAUACGGAGAACGGUGUUGAUAAGAACAAUGGAUCAAGUGAUAAGGACAUAAGUAAAGAUAUUAAUGUUUUUUCGUCGUCAUCAAUUGAUGGGAUAAUUGAUAUAUGGGAUCGAAGAAUAAGUAAAAAUGGGAAUAACGUUAUUCAUUUAAAGGUUCCAAAGGGGACACCACCAUGGUGCAUGUCAACAGCUUUUUCGAACGAUGGGAACUACAUAUAUGCUGGUCGUAGGAAUUACUUGGUGGAAGAAUUUGAGCUAAGAAUGCCCUAUUUGAACUACUCAAGCAAGGAAGCAAGGGUGUCGAGAAAAUUGACGUUUCCAAGUUUGUCAGGACCAGUCUCAGUGGUGAAAGCAAUGCCAAACUCACGACAUCUUCUCUGUGGAUCACAGGACAACAUCCGGUUGUACGAUUUGGAGAUGUACAAGGAGGAAUCACAGGGAAACUUGAACAACAUGAGCAGCAACAACUUGAACAACAUCAACGGAAAUAUCACAGUGCCCUAUCUCAUCGUUCCAGGCCAUCAUGGGGGAAUACUCAGCGACAUCUACACCGAUGACACCUGCCGGUUUAUGAUCAGCACCAGUGGAGACCGAGGGUGGCAGGGAGUAAGCACUGAGAUCAUCCUUAUGUAUGAGAUCAAUAUCGAGUAGCAAAAGCAGGAAAAACAGGAAAAACAACAGAAACAGCAGAAACCAGCCCAACAGUGCGUGUUAAUAGUGCGUGCUAAUAGUGUGUGCGUGUUAGCGGCGGCCGUUACGUUCUUUGCUCCGUCUAGCG